GACGCAUUACCAGGUGGAUAGAAUACAUUAAAACGAAAUCAUUUGAAUUUUCCUGGGUAGCGCAUCAUACAUGACAGACAUUAUACAUGCAGCAGCGUUUUAAACCAGUAGAUAUGUUAACAACACUUUCUUGCCGGAUUUUGUUAGCGGAUUUAUAGAUGAUAAUGCAUGGCCGCGCGGAGAUACGAAAUUUCUCUUCGAGUAUUUUUUAACACCAAUGAAAUAGAAAACCAUUUCACUUUCGCUGCGAAAGGCACGAUUUAUUAUGUAACCAUAGCAACGGUGAUCUUUUCACUUACUUGUUUUAUGUUUUGCUUGAAAGCUCUCCUGUUAUUUGAUAAGUGUUUAUAUAAUAAUGUUUAUUCUUUCUCGACAAAUGAUUGAAAAAACUAUUUCUCCAUGGAGACUGAAGUUAACAGCUCCAAAAUAAUGUUUUGUGUCCUAUCACAAUUGAUACCCAGCAGUCUUUUCCUCAAAAGCCUUUCGUAGUUAUAUUUGUUUAGUAGGCACGCCAUAUGAAGGAAACGGCCAACUUAAGUCGGCUUGUAUUUCGCAAAAUAUCAAUCAGUUCUAACGCAGUUCUACUCUCUGACACGAAGCACAAAUGGUAAUACCUUUGUUAGGAAAAAACGAAAGUCCUUUUUGAUUUCAUCUAUGCUGCCUAAAAUGCCUUCUUUUUGGUUCAAUGCCACAGUCCAUGCUUUGAACACAUCUGGAAAUUUCAGCAAUGCCACAUUUAGCCUGCACGACAAAGGAUGUGACACUUUAGACAACCCAUUCUCUGUAAAAAUCGGAUUAAUUCUGGUCUUCUCCACAAUUAUGUUGUCAAGUUUGGUUGGAAACGCUUUUAUAAUCGUUAUUGUAUACCAGCGAAAAGACUUGAGAAAGACGACAAACUACUUUAUUGUCAACAUGGCCGUUUCUGACUUCGUAUGUCCAUUAUCAGUGAUUCCCUUCAGGUUGGUAAAGAUAGCUUCCAGUUCUACGCGAUGGCCUUUUGGUGGUACAACAGGAUUUUUCUGCAAGGCGAUAAAAUUCUUGGCCUCUACUUCAUAUGCUGUUUCUACAGGGAGCCUCGUCUGUAUCGCUGUAGAUAGGUUUGUAGCGGUGGUCUUUCCAAUGAAAGCUCAUCUGGUCUCGUCAAGAUUUCGCACCAUAGUUAUUGCUGCCAUUUGGAUCUUGGCAGGGAUGACAAAUGCUUUCCUUCUGUAUGCGUAUGAAUUGGUGGAACUGAGAAAUGGGGAAACUGCGUGCACGUAUUUGAACAAUCUUAUUUUUUCAUUUCAGAUAUAUAAAAAUGUGCGUAUCGGUCUUUUUAUCAUUGGACCACUCAUUGCUAUAACAAUUUUAUAUUGUGUUAUAGCGGUGACUCUUCGAAAACAAGACAGAUCCCUUCGUGGUGCAUCAGUGCACCAGAAAGAUCAGAGGAAACAGCAAGCAAUUACGAUGACUGUCUGCGUGAUUGCUGCAUUUUACAUCUGUAUUUUUCCAUCUGCUUUACUUAACGCCUUAAACGGAAAUCAAAUAUCUUGCUCUGUUUUUAAAAUACUAAGGUUCAUUUCUGACGCUAUGCUUUACUUAUCGUCGACUAUGAAUCCAAUCAUUUGUUUGACAUUUGUUCAAAACUUUCGUCAAGGCUUGAAAGAAAUAUUUAUGUGUUGGAGGAAAUGUUUCACUACAAGAAGUAACCUGGAAACGAACCAAUCAGAAGAAAUAGCUCUUCGUGAUAUGAGAAUUGGGGAGAAUCUCUCAUUUAACGAGAACUAACUAAUAAAUGUUUAAAGAUGGUGUGAAAAAAUAAUUGCUAUAUUCACAGGCGUCCCAAAUUCACGAUUCCAGGAAUCGAUCAAAUAUUAAUGAUUUAUAUAGGCGUAUCGAGUGGGACGCCGGACCACCUAAAGUGCGUGGUGCUGUGUUACACUUUGGGCCGUAGAGAAUUUGAGCGCUCUAAAAGGGAUUGUCCUGAGUUUAAAAUAACGAAGGAUAAAAAUGCGCAAGGAAACAAAAUGUUACCUUCGUUUAAAUGAAAUAAAGAAAAUAAACUCAUCUUUAAUUGCCUGGCUUCUGAUUGAAGCUAAGCUUUAUAUCUUUUAGCACGUUUGAGAAGAAAAAGUGUAUCGUUAUUUGGAUUAAUCAACUGAAAAAGUUGCAUUUCUGUCCCACAAACAGGACUUAUUCAGUUACCAAGCCAUCUACCUUCCUUUAAAUUGUUGGGUAUUUUUUUCAAAACCUUCAGUCUAGCCUAAACAUGAGAAAACGCAAAGAUAAUUUGAGCAAGGGUCACUAUUGUAGAAAUCAAAUUUCUGCCGCCAGCAGUUACGUUUUUGUCUUAACUUGAUCUGAACUUAAAAAACACAUGUUUGUUUAAAUCUAAAUAGUUAAACGAGUGUUCUUUUAAAAUAGCAUAAACCAAAAAUGAAUUUCGGUAUAUGAUGAUUAUUCAAGAUAACUGACUGUUAAAUAUUCGUACCAAAUCUCCAUUAACGCAAAGUUAUGGAAACAUAUUAUUCCCGUAUGCCCUCUUAAUAGAACUGCCACAAAAUAAUUCAGAUUCAAGAUGUCCUGAUAGCAUUCGAACACAAUCAAGUCAAAUUAUAUUGAGUAUUCUGUUACAGCAAUAGAAUUGUUAUCCAGUAGACAUCCUUCGGUUGCUGAUUUACUCAUUAUACAGCGGGCUGUACAUGUUGCAGAAUGGUUUCCUGUUCUUCAACGGAGAUCAUUCGAGAGCUGCGUAAAUUAGAUAAACG